CACGCCUACCUGUUCCUAGUCAAUCCGAAAGCGCAGCCUCCUACAAAACUUCAGGAAGAAACGCACAAGUAAAAUCAUCACUGCGAACCGGACCAGUUCUAAAAAGCGUGCCUUUUUUUCGCAGAAUGUGUUUGCUGCUUGGGUUUAUUUUUCUAUAACUCCUGUUUGGGGUCUGGCUUUGCUCCAUGCUCCCUCGGGCGGUGAGAUCCUCGCUGCCAAAUUGAAAUCCCUCCGUACUAUUGGAAUUCAAGAGGUUUUAGUUGGGACGUACUUGUCACCUUCAGAACAUUUUUGUCUCUGGGAUUUGAAAACACCAAGAGCUGCGAACCCCAUGAUUCUGUUCCUGAAUGUCAUUGCGAUUGUCUCCAUCAACUACACUUCUUCCACGGUGCGACUUUGGGCAAGUUCAUAAGACUUUCCACGCGUUUUGGCUGGAUAUUUCCCCAAACUGUUCAAACCGUUCUACGGAAGCUGCAUGAUUAUCAAGGUCCUAACGUGCAGGUUUGGGUGUUGAAUAAUUAAUUUUCUUUUUUGGGACAUAUUAACACAGGAUGACCCCAGUAACUCGAACUCAGCUCGGCGUGUUUUUCAUCCUCCUCUGUCCGGUCAACAUAAUCGGGUUGUGGUGGGUGAUGGGAAGCCCUUUGGUCAUGGACCCCAACAGCAUCUGCAGGAAGACUAAGAGGCUAGCGGUCAAGCAGGCCGAGCUGUGCCAGAGGCAGCCUGAGAUCAUCAAUGAGGUCAUCAAGGGCACGAAGUUAGGCUUGCGGGAAUGUAAGCAUCAGUUCCGCUUCCGUCGCUGGAACUGCACCAGUCACAGCAAGUACUUUGGAAAAGUUCUGCAACAAGAUAUUCGGGAGACGGCGUUCGUGUACGCCAUCACGGCAGCGGGCGUGACGUAUGCGGUGACCCAGGCCUGCAGCAUGGGCGAUCUGCUGCAGUGCGGCUGUGAAAUCACGAGGAGCUGGGCACCUCCGAGGCCCGCUGCCAGCACCGACGCCAGCGCCGGCACCGAGCCCGUCAAAUGGGAGUGGGGCGGCUGUGGCGACGACGUGGAGUUCGGCUACGAGAAGUCCAAGCAGUUCAUGGACGGCAAGCAGAAAAGGGGGAAGAGCGACAUCAGAACCUUGAUGGAUCUCCAUAACAACGAAGCAGGAAGACUGGCGGUGAAGAAUUAUAUGAGAGCAGAGUGUAAGUGCCACGGGCUCUCUGGCUCCUGCACGCUGAGGACCUGCUGGAGGAAGAUGCCUCACUUUCGUGAGGUGGGAAACCGACUGCUGGAAAGGUUCAACGGGGCCUUCAAGGUAAUGGGAGGGAACGACGGAAAAACUCUGAUCCCCGUUGGACGGAACAUCAAGCCUCCCGACAAGCAGGACCUCAUUUACUCGGCUGAGUCUCCAGAUUUCUGCCUGCCCAACCGGAAAACGGGGUCGGUGGGCACCCGUGGGCGGGUGUGCAACAGCACAGCCCUGGACAUGAGUGGCUGUGACCUGCUCUGCUGUGACCGCGGUUACAGGGACCAGACGGUGGUGUACGAGGAGAACUGCCUCUGCAGGUUCCACUGGUGCUGCGUGGUGCAGUGCAAGAAAUGCUCUGUCAGGAAGGAGCUCAGCCUCUGCUUGUAGAAUCUUCUGCAUAGAUGGGUCUACAGUGCUGACUGCAAAGACCAUUAAACCGGAGCUCUCAACUCUAUUCUCAUAUCCAGAAAGUUCCUUUGCUGUCAGUGCUGGAGUAGCAGCAAUGGAUAUUCUGUCUUUGGCCAUGUCCAUUCAUGAAAACCUAUAACGGUGUAUGCAAAACAUAAAACUUUCAGCUUUGAAACAAUGACAGAGACUUAAUAUUUUGUUUGUUAAACAGAAUGCAGACAGCUUAGUCUUUGCUUUUAGAAUUCAUUUUCAGCUGGGACAGAUAAAGCAGUUGCAGCUAGAAUUCAGAAACACAAGCAUGGCUACUUGGGUGACAGUACGAGCCAAAUAAUAAAACUGACUUUUAAUGAUAAGGUCUAUUUCUAGAAUUGAUUUAGACUGUGAGUCUGGCACUGUGAAAUUAACAUUACUCCCCAAAUGGGGUAAAGUAAGUAAGCAGACAUGUUUACAUUGUUCUCCCGAAAACAGAAAACUCAUUCUGUUGACCAAAUCACAUGGGGCUUUAAGAGGACAGCAUGUUUUUGUUGUUUUUGGUGGCCAAAAAAUGUCAGUGUUUGAAAUUUCAGAAGUAAAAAGGGAAAGUGUGCAUCCUUGCAGAGAUGCACACUGUCACUCAGAUGUGAUUAGAGGGCCUGUAUUUUAAACAUCUUAGAGUAGGAGUGCUGAUCUAGGAUCAGUUUUUCCCUGUUCAUACAAUAAACUUAUCCAUUAUGAACUAAAAUACAAAUGAUCCGAGAUCAUCAGUUUAUGAAGACAGGCUAUAUUAGCAUUAAGUAAGUUGCAUUGCAAGACAAUGUGAAGAUUAAAUACGGAACGUGCUCAAAAACUCAAAAAAACACUUUGAAUAUAAGAGAUGUGUAAACCAGGAUAGUUUUAUAUCUGUCCAAAUUUGUUUAUUUCUUUAAAGUACUGUAUGUCUUUGUUUUGUAAAAAAAGAGAACAGUCGGAAAUAUAAGUUUAUGAGCUGUAAAAAGAUUUAUCUUUUAGUCUUAAUAUUUUACGUACGUUUGUACAGUGUGUGGUUCCUGUAAUGCACUUUUGUUGAACAUUUAUAAGGUGUAUAUACUUUUUUUUUUCUUGCGCAAUGGACUGUCUCAUGCCUAACACUGCCAAUAAUUGGAUUCAUGAGGUCGGUGAUUUGCUGAAUGAAAGCCCUGUCAUUGAAGUCCAAACAUGGGCCAUGGUCCCAUUCUUUUACUCAGUUGUAUUUGACCUGGAGAGAUUUUUCUUAACUAUUUCAAGAUGGUGGAACUAAUUCAAAUAGCCUGACAUGAGAAGGCAAUUGUUUUGUUUUUUUGUUACUUGUGAAAAAUACAUUUGCAUUUUCUUUUGAUAUUUGAUAUAAUUUAUGUUUAUAAUGUCCUGCUGCAGUCUACAUUACAGUGCAGUCUACAUUACAGCUUACAGAUCUCUCAUCCCAAUCCAUUUCUGCUUUACUAGUGAGCUAGUUAGGUGGCUAGCUAGCUAAUUGCAUUUACUUGCUGAACACAUCUAAUUGGCACAGCUUUAUUGCACAUUUCUGUAACUUCGGAUUCUUCUCCCUCAAACUGCCAAGAAAACCAUAAUUUGUCAAAAAGCCAUCAAUAAUGGAGCUAUAGUGAGCUUAGAA